ACUUGCAAUGAAGUCAGUAAACCACAGCCUUCAGCAGCCGCUCUCCAUGCUGGUGCUUUCCGUUAUGACAUGCACUUGACAUGUCCAUCCUCUGCUUGGCCGGACCAGUCUCUCCCUGUCACGCAACAUGGACCAAAGAGAGAUUCUACUGCAAAACCUGGACAGGGCCCAAAGCAGGAAACUUAACAGAGAGGAGUUUGCAAACGAGUUUUUGAAGCUGAAAAGGCAAUCAACAAAAUACAGAUCAGACAGAAUAUACCCAACUGCAGCGUCUGAGCAACCAGAAAACAUCAAGAAAAAUCGAUACAAGGACAUCUUACCCUUUGAUCACAGCAGAGUGGAGCUCUCCCUCAUCACAUCAGAUAAAGAUUCUCAUUACAUAAAUGCCAACUUCAUCAAGGGAGUAUAUGGGCCGAGGGCGUAUAUAGCUACCCAGGGUCCUCUCACCACCACUGUUCUUGACUUCUGGAGGAUGAUUUGGGAAUAUGAAGUCCUGAUUGUGGUUAUGGCUUGCAUGGAGUUUGAAAUGGGGAAGAAAAAGUGUGAGCGGUACUGGGUUGAGGUGGGCGAUUCACCACUCCAGUGUGGUCCUUUCACCAUCACUUGUGAAUUGGAGGAAAAGAAAACUGAAUAUGUGAUUCGGACUCUAAAGGUGACAUUGAACAAAGUAAUUCGCACUAUUUAUCAGUUCCAUUAUAAAAACUGGCCAGACCAUGAUGUACCCUCCUCCAUCAACCCCAUCCUUGAGCUUAUCUGGGAGAUGCGCUGCUACCAGCCAGAUGACAACAUCCCCAUCUGUAUUCACUGCAGUGCUGGUUGUGGGAGAACAGGAGUUAUUUGUGCCAUUGACUAUACCUGGAAGCUGCUGAAGGAUGGGAUUGUUCCAGAGAACUUCAGUAUUUUUAGUCUGGUCCAGGAAAUGCGCACACAAAGGCCAUCAAUAGUGCAAACCAAGGAACAGUAUGAAUUGGUCUACGAUGCUGUGAUCGAACUCUUUAAAAGACAGAUUGAAGUGCUCACUGUCCACUCAGACUCUGCUGCCACAGAGAUUCAAACAAACCAUCCAAGACUCCAGCCGCUUCUGAGCCCACUGGAAGAAACUUAUUCUCUGACACUACCAAGCUGUUCAGCGCGAGAGGAACAGGAGCUACAUCAAAGUUCUGAUCAUAUGGCACAAGGGGAAAUAUCACUGACUGAUGCAUUGAACUGUAGGCCCUCAACAGUACAUGACAACUAUGGGCACAGUGUUCCUCCCAUUAGACAAGCCCUUUCUUCUGGGGCCUUGAACUUCAGCAGCAGCAAGAAUGCAGGUGCCGCUCUGCUGUCUGGGGAACCACUCCAGAAACAUCACAGCUUAGACUUGAGCAGCAUUUUUUCUGAUGAGAUUCCUCUGAACCUGAAAUCUACAGCUGCAUGUCGGAGAAACCCUAGUGUCAAGGCCCCAUUAAUACAAACCAAAUCAACUCCCUUUGAGUUAGUGCAGCAGAGAGACACCCAGGAACUGGAUGGAGGGGAUGCAGUAUCCUCUUUGGGCCCCUGGCUACCAAACUCCUGCAGUUCUGUGGGCUUUGAGGUGAAGAAGCAGACUGACUUUUCUUCUGUUGAACUGAACCAUUCUAGCAGACUAGUAGACGCUCCCCCGCGACACAUGAGCAGUGGCCUACAUCCUUCCCCAUAUUGUUGCUCAGCGGAAGACCCUUACUUUUCUUCGCUCUCUUCAGAUGAUCCAGGAUCCCCGAUGUUUAUUGACUACUUUUCAGAGCUGUAUGAAACAGUUUCCCUUUCUUUCCCUGCUGCAAUUUCCACAAUCCAGCCCUUGGAUUCUACCAGGGCCAGUCCUCCAGUGUCAACUCCUCUGUCCCAGCAUGUUCACCCAUUGGAUGACAGGCAGGCAUCCUCGCAGAAAGCAUCUCCAGACCCAGAUGAUGAUGUUCCUCCCCCUCUGCCUGAGCGAACCCCAGAGUCCUUUAUUGUGGCCAAUGAAACUGGUCAACCUCCACUGGCAACGUCAAACCACCAACCUGUACCAAGAAAUAUAAACAUUGGAACCUCUUCAGAGUGGAGUGGGGUGUCUCAGCCAAAGAUAUUUGAUGACUCAGUAAGACUGAGGCCAAGUAAGAGUGUGAAGGUCCGGAGCUCCAGAUCAGAGAAACACCGGGAUCGCUCUUCCUCCCCUCCUCCACUUCCUGAAAGAACCCCUGAGUCAUUCUUUCUUGCAGAUGAGGAGAGUCUGCAGCCUACUGUGAGGACUUCCACUAGCAACCCUGGGGAGUCGGGAAAUAAAGCUUCUGAAGACUCAUCAAAAGAGUCUGUGAAAUGCUUCAGGAGGAGUAAGAGCUUGAAAAUUUUACGAAACAUGAAAAAGAGUAUCUGUAGCCCAUCUUCACUGGCAAAACCACCAGAAUCUGCCCAGUCAAACCACUCCAGUUCUUUCCUGAGCUUCGGCUUUACAAAUCGAUUUUCAAAACCUAAAGGACCAAGAAAUCCUCCACCAUCUUGGAAUAUUUAAUUCAACUUUACAGAUGCAUGUGGUUUCCAAUACUGCAGAUUUGCCAUAUCCCUCCGACAUGCUGCACAUGCUCUUCACAUUACAGAAUUCCUAUCAGAACAUUAGCACUAAAAAUGAUCUUUGCUGUAUAAAGUCCACAACCAGAGAAUAGCAUACAAGCUCUCCUAAAUGUUUUUUGUAUAAAGAGGGAUGCACAAAUGCACAUAAGCUGCUUGACCCUUCCAGUUAAUGUAAACUAAAAACAUUUCAGAGAAAACUUUUUUUCUUAUAAAACUGUUUCUGAAAACAGGCUAAAAUUUUUUUUGGAGAACUUGUAUCGUUUCUUUACAGUUUAUUUAUUAUGUGACAACGGACCUGAUUCUCCUGUCACAGUAGUAAGUCCCAAUUAAGUCAAUCAAGUGACACCACUGCAAAAUGAUGCUCCCAUCACUUAAGCACAUGCAUAACUUUACUCAUAUGUGUAGUCAUAAUUAAAGAUCUGCAUGUGCUUAAGUGUUUGUAGAUUCAGGCUCUAAGUGAGAAUCAGGCUCUCAGAUUUCAGAACUCAUCUAUUUUCUUAAUGAUUAUAUUAACAUUAUGAUUAUUUCCAUUUGAAUUAAUCAGAUAAUUUGUCUUUCUAAGUUUCCAUCCAAAAAGGAAGACUAAGAUGCUGACUGUUCAUAUAGGAACCAAACUUGCAUAUGUAAACACUGCAUAAUCUACUGAAAAAAUUCCACAUCAAACAAAAUGUAAGUGCAUCUUAGUUUGGGCUUUCAUGCUGCAAAUUUUAAGGUGUCUGUAACUUGCCUAAACAAUGCAACACAAAGUUCCAUGCUGACAGUUGGCAAUUAAAUCCCCAACCUGAACAUUUCCCCCCCUAAAAUCGGAAAGCUUGUUUUCUUGCUAAUAAAUGGGGUCAGAUUAAUAUGUUUUGCUCUCUUCUAGAAAAAAAAAAAGCUGAUUUUUGGCAACAAACACUGCAGGUAUUUUUAGGGCCACAUAUGCUGUCUCUGGUUCACAGCAAAACCCAGUGAUGAAUAACAGAAUAUACAGAACUCAUUGACAUCAAGUUGCUUUGUGGAUCAAAUGCGGGGUAUACCAGCCCUAAAAGUAUCUGCAGCAUUUUUUUUCAAAAUCAACUAUUUUCUAAGAUAGCUAAAAUUACUGAAACAAUGUGUCUAAUUUAUGAUCAGCACACUGAAUUCCCUAGUUAUCUCCAAAGUGCUAAUGCCACUGAAUUAAAUUGUAUCCCUUUGUUCUGCACCUUUACACUUGUCACAGGGAAGAGCUUGCACUUUACCAGCUGAAAGGGUAUGCUACAAUCACAAGCAGUUUGGAUGUAAGUGGUUUCUGAUAAGGGAACUCCUAAGUACUGUGACUUGAUUGUCAUUUAUGCUGAUCCUAUGUUUGGGGCAAGCAUAGAAGGGAGUGGAGCAAAGAAGGCUGCAAGACCUCUUUGUGCUCUUCUAAUUUUGGGACAGCUGGGGCCUGCUUGACCCCCUGUGUAAAGUAGAGCAGCCUUAAGACAAAAAUGAUCUGAUAUCAGAUCAGACAAAUUAAAUUGACAGCAAGCCUUUUAAUUUUAAAAAUAUUGACAAAGUAAUAACUAGAAGUCAGACAAAAUCUCAGUGAAUGGAGUAUUGAAUCUGUGAAGCAUUUUAUGUGUAUGAAAGAUGCUAUACAAAAUAAAGUUUAUUUA